AAUAGAAUUUUCUCUUGGAAAAGAUAAAAGUAAAAUAUAUUGCUAUAUGCAAAGAAAAAAUUUGAUUAUAGCGGGAGAGGCAGUAUACAUGACCUCGUGACUCAUACUCAUACUACUGUAGACUGUAGACGUACAGACUGUAGAUAAACGGAGGUGGGGGACAAAUAAUGGUACAGAAUUCAUCAAUGAAUGAAAUUCAUGUUAAACAGGGGGGAGUUUCCUGAUAUAAACUCUGUACGAAGUAAACAUUAUGGCAGAUAAUUAUAUAAUAAAUGAUUUUGUACUUCUGCUUUAUUUAUUAAAGAAAUAAAGUAAUGUGGGAUAAACUUAUCAAACGUUAUGUUUGUGUAGCAAGUUAUGAGGUAACUUUCUGUACUUAAUGCAACUACUUGAAGUUAUAGUGAAUUUUCUAUUUGUCUAAUAUUCAAUUAUGGAACAAAUUAAUAAUAUUCUUCGCGAUGAUAAAUUAUAUAAGGCUGCUAUAGAAGCAUUACAUGGUUUACAAAGCAAUAGUAAUUAUUUAAAAUUAGUAACAAAAGAUAAUUCACAAGCAACAGCUGUUCGUAAAUUGUGUGAUACAAAAAAAUAUUUAAUCCGGUCUGGUAUUACACUUGAAAAAUUAGAUACUUUGUCAGUUAUACAUAUAGCAGGUACAAAAGGAAAGGGUUCCACUUGCGCAUAUACAGAAGCUAUUUUACGUGAACAUGGUUUUAAAACAGGAUUCUUUAGUUCUCCACAUUUAGUUAAUGCAAGAGAACGUAUAAGAAUAAGUGGGCAACCAAUAAGCAAAAUACAGUUUACUCAGAACUUUUGGAAAAUAUAUAAGAAACUGGAACAUACAAAAGAACAUGAAUCUGAUAUGCCUACAUAUUUUAAAUUUUUGACAAUUCUCAUGUUUAAUAUAUUUUUAGAUGAACAUGUUGAUGUUGCUAUAAUUGAAGUUGGAAUUGGAGGUUUAUAUGAUUGUACAAAUAUUGUAAGAAAUCCUGUAUGUGUAGGCAUAACUAGUUUAGGAUUAGAUCAUACUUCUUUACUGGGAAAUACUGUUGAAGACAUAGCUUAUCAAAAAUCUGGGAUUUUUAAAUCAGGAACUGUUGCUUUUUCUGUUCCACAAUUACCUCAAGCAAUGCGUAUAUUGGAAAAACGAGCAAUUGAAAGAAAUUGUAAGUUACGUGUUAUUCCAUCUUUUGAUGAAUAUAAGUGGGAAAAUCUUUCACCUAUUUUCCGAAUAAAAAAUAAAGUUCAACAACAAAAUGCAUCUAUAGCUAUUCAGAUGGCUACUGAAUGGCUACUGACUAGGAAUAAGGUUGUAUCUGUAUCUAUGGACAAGAUCGCAAUAGCAUUGACCUCUUGUAAAUGGCCAGGUCGAAUGCAAAUUUUAAGAAGUAGUAUUGGCGAUUUUUUUUUAGAUGGUGCACAUACCAUUGAAAGUAUUGAGUGCUGUAUUUCAUGGUUCAAUGAUGUAAGUAGUGGAAGUAAAGGAAAAAAAAUUCUAAUUUUUAAUACAUCUGGUACUCGAGAUCCAAUACAACUAUUAAUACCAUUAAGAUCUUUAUAUUUUUAUAAAGCAUAUUUUGUACCAAAUCUUGUAGGAAUUAAAAGUUUAGACAAUGAAAUGAAUAGCUCAUCGACAGAUGAGCAAAGAAUAAAAUGUGAAAUAAAUUCUAAAAUAUGGGGAAUGAAUUCAGUAGUUGCAAAUAAUGUUCUUGAAGUUUUAGAAGAUAUAAAAAAGAACUUUGAACAAAAAGAUAAUUGUGAAAGGUAUCAAAUACUUGUUACAGGAUCCUUACAUUUAAUAGGUGCAGUUCUUGCUAUUUUAGAUCCGAAUUUGACAAUGAAUACAGAAUUUUAAUAUGUAUUUUAAAAAUUUGGGAUUAUAUGGUAUAUUUACGAAAUAUAUAAUAAUGUUUUUAAAAAAGAAAAAAUUUAAAGAACAUUCUUUUUAUAUAAACAAUAGAAUUAUGUAUUUAAUAACUAUAUUAACAACUGUAUCAAUUCAUAAUAACACAGUAAUGAGAUAUUGCAUUGUUAUUCUGAUAAUAAUCAUAAAAUACUUAUUGAUACUUUUUUUAACAAUUCUUUUGUACUUCAGUAUAAAUAUAUUUUUCAUAAAACUAUAAAUAAUUGUAAAGUUAUUUGUACAUAUAACAAAUUAGUGCUACAUAUGUUUAUGGAGUGAACAACACAGAAAAUACAUGAUGUUAAAAUAAGAACUAGAGAAAAUGCUUAAAAUAUUUUGGUAUGAUAAUCUAAUUCUGAUUCUGCUUCCGUGUCAGACAAACUUAAGGAAACGCCAGUUCUUCGUCGCAGACGAUUUUCGUCAGGACUCUGAAACAUAUAAAAACAAGUUUUAGAUGAGACGAAAUGUUAUAUUUGAUUAAGGAGUGCCUAUCUGACUUCUGCUAAUAUUUAGUACUUGGUAUUAUCUAAAUUGUUGUUGACUAAAUGAUAAGAUAAAAUUUUAGAAGAGCUAUUACUUGAAAAGAUUAGAGAUCGAUACCUGAUCUAGAAUACCAGCAGUGGGUUCAGAGGCAUAUCCUACUUCUUGUGCAUCUUCUUCUAGAUCUGCCUCGUAUUCCUCUAAUUCAUCGGUAUCAGAAUCAAUUUCCAAAUCUACAUAUAUACUUCCUCUGGAGACUUUACACACCAUUUGAGCUAAGUCUGUGAAGGUAUAAGAAGAUACUGUUUGCUGGUUUGCCGCUUGGUGUUUUGCUCGUAAUGCACGGGCAUUUUCUCUAUCUGCAUUAAAACGUGGUAAAACCCCAGCUUUCAAUUGUACUUCAAAAUAAGUUUUUCCUGUAAAAAGUAUACUUCAUAUAAUCUACUUAUCUAUAAUACUUCUAUAGAAUGUAAUAUUUACCAUGUUGAUAUCCGACAUCUUUAAUCUCAUCAAAAUUAGCGAAUUGAAGAGUUUUAUAUUUAUCUAUUGGUGGCCUAAUAUAUUCGCAAUAAUCUGAGUUUUUAACUUCCUCCAAUUGCCGUACACAACUCACGUAUGCUAAUCUCGAUUGUAUGUCGGGCAAAUUCGGAACUUUGACAGGCGUUGCGAAAGGAUUCCAUCGUUUCCACAAUAACCACCAACCGGAUAAAGAAUCUCCAUAAUUUGUUAAAUCCGUAUCAUCUUGUGAUCCAACGUCAAUGGCCAAAAUAUGAUGUGCUCCUUGUCUCAACAUUUCGUCAGCUUGAACAAAGAGAUUAUAAAGCCACAUGCUGGAAAUUGAUUAUGACGUAUAAGUUAUUACAGCUAUGAUAUGAUAAACAAUACAGGUUUAAGAUACCUGGCACGUUAUUAACAUAACACCCAUCGACCAAAAGAUGCCCGUCAAGAGGGUCGCAAAUAGGAGGAAAGACCCCCGCAAUGGUCAUACUGGCUCGAAUGUAUCUCCAUAGCAAACCUGAGUUGACUUAGCUAUUCAGGAUUUGACAAAUGCAUCUUUUAUCAACGGGAGUGAGCUUUAUAUCAUUUUCAAGAUUAUAUUAUGCUUUAAGUUACAAUAAACCGUGUUCUGAGCUUAUAUCAAUGAAAAAGACUAAUAUAAUUUCAUCUAUUCAUUGAUACAAAGUUGCUUUUAAUGUCCAGGUAAUUUUAUAAAAUUAAAGAAAAAACUUAUAAACGUUUUCAUCUAAGAGCGUUUGUGCGUUCAACUUAAAGUAUUUUAUAGUAUAUAUGUCAAUAAAUUUCAUAGAGACACAUAACGCAAUUUUUUUGUAUCAUAUAAUGACAAAGUUAGACGCACUUUUUUAAUGUAACGCUCAAAUUACCUGGAAGGUUAUUGACGUACCCGCCGUCGAGCAGGAGAUGGCCGUCAACUGGGUCACACAUGGGUGGCAUAUAACCAGACAAAGACAUCGAAGCCCGAAUGUACCGCCACAGCGAUCCUAAACACGACGAAUUAAGUUCUUAAAUGUAUGUUUGUAUUUUUCUUUGAACUUCGUAUAUUCUUCUAUAAAAUACAUGAUUACUUCUAACGCAAGAAUCGAUAGCUUCAAAGCUGUUUGUUACCAGAAUUCAUAAAAAACAUCUCAAACGAGAAAUAAAGUUCGACAUUUGUCAAUAAACGAUAUAUAACGGAGAGUACGUCAUUACAGUGAUUAUCUAGAGAGCUCACUCCCGCUGUUCAAGCUUAUUUCUACGCAAUGCUCUACCGUAAUGCUUAUUUGAAUUUAAAAAAAUAGGUCUUUGAGUUAGAAAUAUAUUUAUAAGUUCUCUAUAAAUUUCACCAAAACAGCGAGAGAGUUUCCAGUUAGUUAAAUCCAAACCAUUUAAAUUUAUACUUUAAAUAUAUAUUAAAGAAAACUGGAAACUGUCAGUGUUUUAAUAAAUGUUAUACUACUUUCGUUUGUGUACAGACCGUGUGUAUGAGUGCGCAUACAAGAAUCAGUGAUGUCUGUGGUUAUUGUAAAAUAUGGUAACCAUAAAUCUUCUAUGUACGUAUCACCAAAUGUUGUUUGAAUUGUGCUAUUGAAGUCCUUUCCAGAAAACAUGGAUGUUACUGGAUAUGUUAAAUCCAUUAUUUGUCUCCACCAUUGUGUCAUUUUCUAUCAAAAAAAGUAUAUGUUCAUAUAAACAAAAAAUAAUAAAUUUUAUGAUAUAAUAUGA